UUUAUUGUCAAGAUGGCGAAACGUAAGGUAGAAGACGGGAAAAAUGCCAAAGAGACGGUCAAGAAACCCAAAGUUGAAGAUAUUAUUCUGCCCGCUGUUGUUUCCUCGAGCGUCAAACCAAAAAUACAAAAAAAAUGGACAAACAAACAGCGUGUGUUGGUCUUUUCGUCCCGAGGCAUUUCUUUCCGAGGAAGACAUUUAAUGAACGACCUCCGAACUACGAUGCCUCACGCCAAACCAGAAACAAAAAUGGACCGAAAAGACAAGCUGCAUGUAAUCAAUGAGAUUUGUGAGAUGAAGAAUUGCAACAAGUGCAUCUACUUUGAAGGCAAGAAGAGUCAGGAUCUAUAUGUGUGGCUGUCAAACUGUCCUGAUGGGCCAUCAGCAAAGUUUUUAGUAGAAAAUUUGCACACAAUGAUGGAGCUCAAGAUGACAGGGAAUUGUCUGAAAGGGUCACGGCCUCUACUGUCUUUUGACACAACGUUUGAUGAAGAGCCACAAUGGAGGAUAUUGAAGGAGUUGUUCAUACAGAUAUUUGGGACUCCAAACUGCCACCCCAAGAGUCAGCCAUUUUUUGACCAUGUGUUGUCCUUCUCCAUCAUGGACAACAGGAUCUGGUUCCGGAACUACCAGAUCCUGGAGGAGGAUGGGGCGCUCACAGAAAUAGGUCCCAGAUUCGUCAUGAACCCCAUCCGAAUAUUUGAAGGCAGCUUCCAGGGUAGGACUCUGUACCAGAAUCCACACUACGUCUCUCCUAACGAGCAUCGGCGAAGGCUGAAGCAAAUUGUAGCCAGCAAAUACAUCAACCGGGUAGAUGCAAAGAAGUCACUGGAGGUGCGACGACCUAAAGAAUCCUACCGUCUCGAUCCCACAGACGAUGUGUUCACUACCAUCAGACCAGAGGAUGUCCGGCCGGCAGAGGAGAAGUCCGAUACAUUGAGAAACUCAUGAGGAGAAGCGAACAUGAAGACCUUGGAAGAGUCUGGUACAUGCUAGGAAUGUAUGGACCAUGUUGAUGUGAUGACAUUGUACUGGUGACAUUUGGGUGUACGAGUAUCCAGUCGCAUAUUCAUUUAAUAUACCGGUUCUGGUAUUUUCUCUAUGAGGAGCACACCAAGUUCAGUGUAAGUGGCUGGUGUAUAUUGUAUGUCAGAGCAUUUAAGGCAAAACUGUUGGUUUUUCGGUAAAGGAAUUCAUCGGCAAAAAAAAAAAAACGUGAGCAGUUUUGUUAAUAAUGUCCAGUUUAUGGUCAGUUAUUAUGAAAAAACCAUCUCACUAACAGCAUGAAAGGACUAACUGGUACAAUUUUCAAGGUUGUCAAUAAAUUCUAUCCUUGUAUGUAUAACAUGUAAAUAAAACUAGUGUACAGUG